CCUCUGACGGACUAUUUGCAUCGUUGCAGCGGGUGAACUAUUUAUUUGCCGCCUCCCCCUCUGUUCCACCGUCUAGAGCCUUGUCCGAACACCCCGGCACCAUGUCAGUGUCACGAUCCCUUGCGGCCGGCUUCACGAAGCUCCCCGCCGCUGUUUGCAGGCGAGCCCAACCCGUCCGAAGCCAGAGCAGAGUCGGGCUCUUGUCGUCCCAGUGCGCGGCACGCACGCCGUCUGCGAUAUUGUCUCGAGCUGCCCCUCUUUCACCGCUAUCCCAGCGCACAUUUUCGACUUCGGCGGCUCAGCGGCACGGACAUAUCCACACGCCGAAGCCGGGCGAGGAACUCUACAUCACCUUCAUUGAGAAAGAUGGAGAGGAGUUCAAGUUCGCUGUCAGCGAGGGCGACAACCUACUCGACAUUGCACAAGCCAACGACCUGGAGAUGGAGGGCGCCUGCGGAGGCUCCUGCGCCUGCUCGACCUGCCAUGUCAUUGUCACUGAGGACGAUUACUUCGACAAGAUGCCCGAGCCCGACGAUGACGAGAACGACAUGUUGGACCUGGCGUUUGGCCUGACCGAGACGAGCCGACUGGGCUGCCAAGUGAAGAUGACCAAGGAGCUAGACGGUUUGAAGGUCAAGCUGCCCUCCAUGACGAGGAACCUGCAGGCGAGCGACUUCCAAUAAGAACGGAGAAGAGACAGGGGUAGACGGGGGGUUGUCAUGAUACUGGGGAUUUGUACUUGUAACUAUACUGGGAAGAAACGGACCGGCGAUGGCGGGAUCGGUGCAUCAU